AGCCGCAAAUUCAUUCCUCAAUGAAACACAAAUACAAACUCGACUAUAAAAACCUCACCAAGGAAACAUAAACAUCAAAUAAUUCCAACAAUGGUGAAACCCACAAGCAAGAAACCCGCGGAGACAACAAGUGACUCCAUUUACAAGGGCGUCCGCAAGCGAAAAUGGGGCAAAUGGGUUUCCGAAAUCAGACUACCAAACAGCCGCCAAAGAAUUUGGUUGGGAUCCUAUGACACUCCUGAGAAAGCCGCUCGUGCUUUCGACGCUGCACUUUUUUGCUUACGUGGCGUCACUGCUAAGUUUAAUUUUCCCGACAAUCUACCCGCCAUAGAAGGCGGCCGCUCCCUUACACCUUCCCAAAUUCAAGCAGCUGCGGCGAAGUUCGCUAACUCGGAGCCUUCUUCAACUUCGAUAACUCAGUCUUCGGAACAGUCUGUGUCCGAUUUACAAACGGAAUAUUCGUCUCCGUCCAUCUCGGACUUAAAUAGUGAUGGUGCCUUUGACGACUCCUUCUUGGAUUUUUUAAAUACAACGGGUUCCAGUGGUUACGUGCCCGAUUUUGGGGUUUUUUCUCAGUUUGAUGAUCUGUGUGGUGAUAUUUUUGCAGCACCACCUCCGACCGUUGAUUACGGCGACCAAAUUAAUCUUGAUGAGAUUUUAGUGGCUGAUUCUUUUCUUUGGAAUUUCUAAAUCUAGGUGAUUAGUGAAGUCGGAGUUCUAGAUAUUUUUGGAUUCUGGAGACUUGCCGACGGCCGAUGUAAGAUUCAUGUAUUGAUACAGAUAAACCAUUUUUUCA